GGGCGGUGCCGGUGCCCGGGGGGACGCGGGGCUCGGCACGGCUCGGCACGGCUGGGAACAGGCGGCAUGGCGCUGGGCUUCAGCCUGUCGGCGCCGCCGCCGCUGCGGGAGUACGAGCUGGAGCGGAGCUUCGACGAGCGGGAGGCGCUGGGCUGGAUGCGGGACAACUGGCAGAAGUCCUUCUUCUUCGCUGCGGCUUAUGUGAUGCUGAUCUUUGGAACCCAGCACUUCAUGAAGGAGCGGAGGGGCUACAAGCUGCGCGCACCGCUGACCCUGUGGUCCCUCGGGCUGGCCUUGUUCAGUGCCAUAGGGACCCAUCGGUCCUGGAAAUACAUGGCCUCCAUCACGUCUUCCAUGGGAUUCAAGCAGUCGGUGUGUGAUCAGUCCUUCUACGUCCACCACGUCUCCAAGCUUUGGGCCUACUUAUUUGCCCUGAGCAAAGUCCUGGAACUGGGUGACACUGUGUUCAUCGUUCUCCGGAAGCAGAAGCUCAUCUUCCUCCACUGGUACCACCACAUCGCCACUCUCAUCUACGCCUGGUACGCCUACAAGGAGAUGGUGCCUGGCGGCGGCUGGUUCACUGUCAUGAACUUCAGCGUCCACACAUUCAUGUACUCCUACUACUCCGUGCGAGCUGCGGGCUUUCGGGUGCCCCGCUACAUCGCCAUGGCCAUCACCUUUUCACAGAUCCUGCAGAUGCUGAUAGCCAUAAUAGUGAAUGUCUUGCUUAUCUUUUGGAUGGAGGAUAAGGUCUGCCCUGUCACCUGGUCAAACGUUUCUUUUUCAUCCCUAAUGUACCUCAGUUACUUGGUGCUCUUCUGCAACUUCUUCUUCAAGGCUUACCUGACGAGCACCCAGAAAUCAAAGGGGGAAUAAAACCGGGGAGGGAGGAAUUGGCUGGGGUGGAGGGAGGGAGAGGGAAGGAGGAACUUUUAAUUCCUGGCUGGAGCUCAAGAACCUGACGGGGCUGGGGUGAUGAGGGUCACUGCGGAUGAGAGCUUUCAGAUUAACUUGAGCAGCGGCCUCUGGCCUGUCCUUCUUGCAGCAGUGACUCCCCAGAGGGGGGCUUGGGUUGUCGCAGGCUGGCAGUGCCAGGAGAGGGGUGCAGUCAGGGGCUGGAGACCCCUUUGCCCAUGGCUCACCGUGCCCUGGGCAGGCAGCAGAGCCUGAGUGGCUGCUCUUCACCCCAGCUGCUCACAGAGUACAGAAUUUGUCACUGAAAAGCAACACCAACCUCUGAGCUGAGCCCUGGUAAUGCCUGAGUUAAUGCCUUAUGUGAUCAGCUGUAAAUGCUAAAUGCCCUGACACAGGUUGAAACACCACCUCCUGUAUGGCAGCACCCAAAAGCACAUAAAUGUUAGCGGCUGUCACCCCAAGGGUCGCCCUUGCACAGCACCAAGCAGUGUGACCUGGCUGGCUGCUGCCUGGGAGCUGAGCAGAGCCAGCCCUGCCUGGCCUGCAGAGUGAGGCACUGCCCGUGGUCCCACUGAGGGACAGCCCCAGGGCUGGGAGGCAGAAGGGUCCAAAAACUCCUCUCAGGGUGCAUCAAGAACUGUUGCCGUAAUAUGUAAAAAUGACUAAUAAAUGCUGUUGCAUAUGGGUUUA